AUAUUUGCUAUUGUCAUAAAGGCACACAAUCAGUCACACAGACCAGCCGCCCAGACAGGCCUCACACAAGUCAGGAUGAUGCCGGUAUUCCAGGUUCUGCUUCUGGAAGCCGACCUCCUGUAAGCCGCCCAUCACAGGGCUUGGGCCACUUACCCAGGAGGCCAACUAAGACACGGCGUCUUGGCUCUGAUUCCGCACCUCCAUCAUCCCCACCCAGGCGAAGACUUUCGGCAGUGUCACCCCAGCCACCACUGGCACUAUUGUCGAGUUCGCAGAGUGAUGAGGCCAGAUCACCUCAGUUAUCUGAGCACAACUUGAUGUCCGCCGAGGACCAGCAGGGACCAGAACAAGAGCCAUCCUUCACACUGCAACUUACAGCUGUUGAUCCAAGCAUGCCAAUACAGUUGCAGGAUAUACCCCAACCAUCCAUCCGUCCCCAACUGGCACAAGCUCCGCCCCCAAGCCAAAUUCCUGGCGAUUUUUGGGCCAGUUGGACAAGCCAACAGGCCCAAAGCAAUGCCACCCUGACCCAACAUACACAACACCUUGCCAGUCUGCCCCAUCAUCUACCGCGUAUUAGUCGCAACUCGGGCAGACUGAUAGUACAAGUAGGGAGAAUGGCUACCUCAAUGGAGCAAAUUAGGGCUGAAAACAGCCAAAUGAAUGCACAUUUAUCCCGCAUUAUAGAUGAGCAACAGCGACAUCAGCAGGCACUCGUUCAGAUCAUUCAACACAAUCAAGUGGUGAAUGAGGCCUUAUCCAGGAUUGUAGCCAGCCACACUGCUACAAACACUCAGCUGAUUGCCAGUUUAAAUAAUUUGAGCAGCAAUAUUGCUAUGAUGGGAGCUCAGCAAGUUACCUCCAGCUCGGGGACCACGACCCCUGUUCAAACGCCAGUAACCUCCCCUGUCCGGCGUUCCUCAAGAGCACGUGCCAGUGAGCCAGCACCCAGCACACACAAGCGAAAAAAAUAACACCAAUCUUUUUGU